ACCGGCCAUAAGUUGAUAACUGCUGAAGCUGAGUGCCUGGAAGCUCAUUAAACUCUUCUCUCCACAGUUAUAUAUGUCUGAAAUUUUUCAUAAGAGGAAAAAAAGAAAAAUUCCAUGCAACAGUCUGGCUCACUCAGAAAAGAGAGGUCACCUCCUAUGGUAAGUUAUUGUUUAGAGGCCCCACCCAGAGCCCUCAGAUCAGGGAGAUGAAUUAUUGAGGGGAAUCUGAGAGGCACAGAAGCCAUGGAGCACGGAGAGGCGAUGAGCACAGGGGCUGCUUUGGGCCGGGGCAGCUCAGCCCCUUCAGUCCUCACUGACAACCCACAGACCAGGCUGGCCGUGGUGGUGGAAGUAGAGCGAAGGAGAAGAUCUGGUAAGAAGCCUCCACACAUUCAUCUCAGAGGCCCCGAGGAGACCUGUUGCCCCACGCUCCUCCUGGAGGGGCCCAAGAGCAUCCGCCUGUGUCAGCGUGGGAUUCUGGAGAGUCAGUUUUGCUCACAGGAACAAUGCAUCACCUUUGACAGAGUCCUGGGUUCUGAUGCUCCUCAGGAGGCGGAGCAGGAGUUGCUAACAAGAGUCCAGUACAUGCUGGGCUCGGUGGGCCGAGGGUACAGUGUGGCCCUGCUGCUUCGGGGUCGAGAAACAGAGGCACCCCGGCUUGUGCCUCAGCUGAUGCAGAUGCUGUUUGAAGAAGCUCUGCCCCUCAGGGGCUCUGAUGCCGUGCUUAGUACACUUAGCCUGGUGCAGCUCAGCACCAGUGGGAGGAGUCGGGACCUGCUUGCUCCAGGGUCAGAGAACCUGUCAGCGCUGGAUGUGUCCCCUCUGGGCUUGGUGGUAGAAAAUGCCAGUGAAGUGGAGGUGUCUGACUCAAGAGCUGCCUCAGAGCUGUACUUGCAGGCUGCAGGUGGUGAAGACAGUGCCUGCUCUCUGCUCACUGUCACCAUGUCCUGCCCAUGGCCUGACCCUCCUGAGGGGCCUGGGACCCAGGGCAUGUGGCGAGGAGCCUUGCGGAUCCUGCAGCUUCCAGGAGCCCUGAAAUGCUCUGACACUCUGGAUAUGAUAAUCUGCGGCAGCCCCAACCCUAGCGAGCCGAGAGAGAGCCUGAGCCUCUGGGACGGCCAGGAUUCAGAAAGGUCCCAGAAUUGCCAGGCUCUCACCGUCUGGAAAGGCAGCUCCCUGAGCUUGCUCCAGGCUGCUCUGUUGGGGGCCGCAGAAAGGAGGAUGAAGGUGAGACAGGUGAGGCCCACCCUCUGGGAUGCAGUAGAAGAGGCCCGGGCCCGGCGGGCUGGCCUGAAGAGCCUGCGUUCAGGCCUCCUUGGGGACGCCCUGACAGAUAGUGGGCUCGGCCAGCUGGGCAAGGCACUGCGGGAGUUGCAGGUGGUAAAAGCCUGGAGCCAGCGCUCAGGAAGCUGGAUGCUCAAAACAGUCAAAACUGAGGCUAUGGGGCUCCCAGAACCACAGCUCCAUUUUAUGGAUGAGAAAAUGGAGACUCAGAAGACUAUCCACCUGCCUGAGCAGGUCACAGAUUCAACAGCAAGCCCCAGCCCAGGCCUCCAGGAAGAGCCUCAAGUGGCAGGAAGAACAGCAUCUAUAGGACCUGAUCUCCACCAAAUGCACCCUCUCAGGGACUCUGAGGAACAGGCCCAGCAGGCCCCGGAUGUGGCCCUGCAGUUCUUCCUGGCUCAGGCCCAGAGGCAGAGACUGCGAGAACAGCACCAAAUUUGGAUCCAAGAGGAACUGAAGCAUUUGCAACAGGAGGAAGAAGUGGUGGCAGGGGUCCACGUCAAAGGCCUGGUGGCUGAAGAGGUUUCCGAGGAGAGGCAGAGAUGGCACCGGGAGUGGACAGGGCUGAGACUCCAGCUGGAGGCCCUUCGGGCAGAACGGGACACUGCGGAGCAGGACCUGACAGCCCUCUAUGACCUGCACGUGCAGGCUGCCCGGGCUUGGACGUGCCACGUGCUGCAGGUAUUCCGAGCCUGGCGGGGGCUGUGGGAGGAACAGGCCAUGGCCACAGAGCAUCACUAUCGCAGCCUGCUGGCUGGCAUCCUGCAAGACACCAUCAACCUGGCCACGCAGAACCAGGAGCUCCAAGCCCAGAGCCAGCGACUUCAGCAGACUAGGCUGGGCGCAGGCAUGCUGGAUCCCCGCCCUGAGGAGAAAUGUGGGGAUCAGGAAUCCUUCAGGGGCAGUCUCCUCUCUCCUCAUUCGUAAAGGUCCUAGAAGGGAGAGCAGUUGGGACACAACAGCCAAGCUAACCUUCAUUAUGGAUAAUUAAUAACACCACUAACUAGGUCUCAUUGUGCCAGUACCUGCUGAGCACACUAACAUCCCUUAUUUGAUUUGGUCAUUUCCAGUCCCCUUUAUAGUAGUAGGUAUCAUCUGACACCGCACCCCCCCAUUUCAGAGAUAAGCCAACUAAAGCUAAGAGAGGUUAAGUAAUUGUUCAAGGACAGUCAGCCAAUAGCUGACAGAGCCAGAAUUAAAACUCAAGCCUGGUUGGCUAUAGCUCUACACUGCCAGAAAUAGUAGUUCACAAGUUGCAGUGUGCAUCAGAAUCACCUAGGAAGCUUACUGAAAAGAAAAAAAAAAAAAUAAAGAAAAAAAAUUCCCAAACCUCACUCCCUAAGAUUCUACUUCAGCAGGACUGGGAUUUCUCUUUUUUUUUUUUUCCCCACAAGCUUACCAGGUAUUCUACCACGGGAGCAGGGCCUGACAUUCCUCUGGUCAUGAGAAGAGACGACAGGCAGGAAUAUCAGUGAGGGAUCCAGAGGAGAUGAGAAACGAGACCACCUUGAGUCCUAAGAGCUCUCUAGCCUACAGUCUACAGUUUGCCUUGCUGGGCCCAACACUUUCUAUUCCCAAGACUCCUUCCAAAUUCUCCAGGGCCCAAGUUUUAUGCUUCAGAGAAACUUCCAAAGCUCCGUGACAGAAAAUAGUCUCGGCUCCAUGGAAUUCUCAAAGGAAACAAUGCUGUUAGCAACAGCUGGGAGAAAACAGCCUCUUCUCUUAGUCAAUAAGUCACCCCAGGAUUAAGAUACUCAGGGCACC